UUGUUAUUGAUGCUUUUGUGUUUCCAGGUUACGACCCAGAAGGCCGUUUGGGGUGAUGAAUGUGAUGGGGAGAUUCUUAGUGCCCAUCAUCACUGGGUUCCUCUUGAUAUACUGCUUGGCGGCUGUUACGGAGGCCAAGCAGGCGAAGUACAGAGACCCGAAGCAGCCGGUGAGCGUUCGGAUCAAGGACUUGGUGAGGAGGAUGACACUGGCCGAGAAGAUUGGCCAAAUGACCCAGAUCGAGCGCACUGUUGCCACGCCCGAUGUCAUGAAGCAGUACUUCAUUGGGAGUGUGUUGAGCGGCGGAGGGAGUGUGCCGGCUCCGAAGGCCUCGCCGGAGACCUGGGUCAAUGCGGUGAACGAGAUCCAAAAGGGUGCUCUUUCCACCCGACUCGGGAUCCCGAUGAUUUACGGUAUCGACGCGGUUCACGGUCACAACAAUGUCUACAAUGCCACCAUUUUCCCGCACAAUGUCGGCCUCGGGGUCACCAGAGAUCCUGUGCUACUCAAGAAGAUUGGGGAUGCUACUGCACUUGAAGUCAGAGCAACUGGUAUUCCUUAUGCUUUCGCGCCGUGCAUUGCGGUAUGCCGAGAUCCGAGAUGGGGUCGGUGCUACGAAAGCUACAGCGAGGAUCACCGGAUUGUCCAGAUGAUGACCGAGAUCAUACCCGGUUUACAAGGAGACCUUCCUGCCAGUUCUCCAAAGGGUGUUCCAUUUGUCGCCGGAAAGAACAAGGUUGCGGCCUGUGCCAAGCACUAUGUCGGAGACGGGGGCACGACAAAAGGCAUAAACGAGAACAACACCGUCAUCGAUUACAAUGGACUGCUCAGCAUCCACAUGCCCGCGUACUUGGAUGCCAUUAGGAAGGGUGUCGCCACGGUCAUGGUGUCGUAUUCGAGCUGGAAUGGCAAGAAGAUGCACGCGAACCGUGAUCUUGUUACUGGGUUCCUGAAAAACAAGCUAAGAUUCAGGGGUUUCGUCAUAUCGGAUUGGGAGGGCAUUGACAGGAUCACAUCUCCUCCUCAUGCUAACUACUCUUACUCUGUUCAAGCCGGAGUCACUGCAGGAAUCGACAUGGUCAUGGUGCCCAACAAGUUCAAUGAGUUCCUUGAUGACCUGACUUCUCAGGUGCAGAACAAUAUAAUCCCGAUGAGUAGGAUCGACGAUGCCGUGAGGAGGAUCUUGAGGGUUAAAUUCGUCAUGGGACUUUUCGAGAAACCGCUGGCCGAUAACAGCCUGGCCAACCAAUUAGGAAGCCCGGAACACAGAGAACUGGCAAGGGAAGCUGUGAGAAAAUCACUGGUGCUUCUAAAGAACGGGAAAUCCAUGGGCAAGCCGUUGAUUCCGCUUCCUAAGAAAGCACAAAAGAUACUUGUUGCCGGAAGUCAUGCCGACAACUUGGGCUAUCAAUGUGGAGGUUGGACAAUUACAUGGCAAGGACUUAGCGGCAACGAUCUCACGAUCGGUACCACGAUCCUCAAUGCGGUGAAGAGCGCGGUCCAUCCAGAUACACAAGUAGUUUACAACGAGAACCCCGACGCGAACUUCGUGAAGUCCAACAACUUUGCAUACGCCAUUGUCGUCGUAGGGGAGCUGCCUUAUGUAGAGACAUUCGGCGAUAGCUUGAACUUGACCAUCUCCGAGCCCGGGCCAAGCACUAUCAGCAAUGUGUGCGCGUCUGUCAAGUGCGUGGUGGUCGUCGUCUCAGGCCGCCCUGUCGUCAUCGAGCCCUAUGUCUCGAAGAUAGAUGCCCUGGUGGCCGCUUGGCUUCCCGGGACCGAAGGCCAGGGAAUCGCCGAUCUCCUGUUCGGCGACUAUGGUUUCACCGGCAAGCUAGCGCGGACGUGGUUCAGGAGCGUGGAUCAGCUGCCGAUGAACGUGGGGGACCCGCAUUAUGACCCGCUCUACCCAUUCGGGUUCGGCCUGACGACCAAAGGCACCAAGGAGGGCGAUCCUACAUAUUCUUGAAAAGAUGGAUGCAUUCGUAUAAUUAUUUUUC